GCGGCGGCGGCGGCGGCGGCGUUGGCGCCCCGCGCGGGCUGGAGGCCGCCGAGGCGCGCCAUGCCGGGAGGGCUGUAGCUCCCCCAUGGAGUCGGCCGACUUCUACGAGGCGGAGCCGCGGCCCCCGAUGAGCAGCCACCUCCAGAGCCCCCCGCACGCGCCCAGCAGCGCCGCCUUCGGCUUCCCCCGGGGCGCGGGCUCCGCGCAGGCCCCCGCCCCACCUGCCGCCCCGGAGCCGCUGGGCGGCAUCUGCGAACACGAGACGUCCAUCGACAUCAGCGCCUACAUCGACCCGGCCGCCUUCAACGACGAGUUCCUGGCCGACCUGUUCCAGCACAGCCGGCAGCAGGAGAAGGCCAAGGCGGCCGCGGCCCCCGCGGGCGGCGGCGGCGGCGGCGGCGGCGGCGGCGGCGGCGGCGGCGACUUCGACUACGCGGGCGCCCCCGGGGGCCCCGGCGGCGCGGCGAUGCCCGGCGGCGCGCACGGCCCGGCUCCCGGCUACGGCUGCGCGGCGGCCGGCUACCUGGACGGCAGGCUGGAGCCGCUGUACGAGCGCGUCGGGGCGCCGGCGCUGCGGCCGCUGGUGAUCAAGCAGGAGCCGCGCGAGGACGACGAGGCGAAGCAGCUGGCGCUGGCCGGCCUCUUCCCCUACCAGCCGCCGCCGCCGCCGCCGCCGCACCCGCACCCGCACCCGCACCCGCACGCGCACGCGCCGCCCGCGCACCUGGCCGCCCCGCACCUGCAGUUCCAGAUCGCGCACUGCGGCCAGACCACCAUGCACCUGCAGCCCGGCCACCCCACGCCGCCGCCCACGCCCGUGCCCAGCCCUCACCCGGCGCCCGCCCUCGGCCCCGCGGGCUUGCCGGGCCCCGGCGGCGCGCUCAAGGCGCUGGCCGCCGCGCACCCCGACCUCCGAGGCGGCGGAGGCGGAGGAGGCGGAGGCGGCGGCGCGGGCAAAGUCAAGAAGUCGGUGGACAAGAACAGCAACGAGUACCGGGUGCGGCGCGAGCGCAACAACAUCGCCGUGCGCAAGAGCCGGGACAAGGCCAAGCAGCGCAACGUGGAGACGCAGCAGAAGGUGCUGGAGCUCACCAGUGACAAUGACCGCCUGCGCAAGCGGGUGGAACAGCUGAGCCGCGAGCUGGACACGCUGCGGGGCAUCUUCCGCCAGCUGCCCGAGAGCUCCCUGGUCAAGGCCAUGGGCAACUGCCCGUGAGGCGCGGGGCGGCCGCCCGCUGGGACCCCGGGCGUGGAUUCGUGGAGUCGGGCUCGGCUCGGGAUCUCCAGGCUGCCCCCCGCGGCGCAGGCCCGGCCUGGGAGGCCCCGGCCCGCCGAUUCGGUGCGCCCAGGACGGGGGUCAGGCCGGGCCUUCUCCCCGAAGGAGGGAAGCGCCGUGGGGCCGAGCCGAGCCCGAGCCCGAGCCCGAGCCUGGCAACUCUAGUAUUAAGGAUAACCUCGUGCCUUGGAAACGCAAACUCGCCGCUCCGAUUCCUACCGAGUAGGGGGAGCCGAUAGGUGCCUUGUCAUUUUAUUCGGAGGGUUCCUGCCGCACCCCGAGGUGCAGGCCCCCCACCCCCACCCCCACCCCCGGGGAGAGAGGGCAGCGUGCAGGCCCGCGGCUGCUCCAAGGGUCAGGAUCUCUCGGCGCCCGUCCUCGGAAGGGAGGACAUACAGGGACUUGGAAGGUCGUUACCCUAGUUCUACAUGAAGGUGGCGGGUCCCUAGCUCCCUGCCCUCCAGUCUCCCAGCCUGUCACGGGCUGGGCUUCCCUGGGCAGAACUCACUGAGAUGGGGGUCACCGGGUGACCGGCGGGAGCCCCUCCACCCCCACCCCCGGUCAGGCCAGGGCAGGCCAAAGCUAUCUGGAUACGUGUUCGUGGGAGUGGUAGCCUGGUGGCAGAGGGAAACCUAGAGAUCUGGCCCCGGGGUGGGGGUGGGAGUGGGGCGGGGAGGUGGGGUGAAGGGACACUGGGACCAUCAGCCUUGUACUGUAUGUUGCCAGCAUUGCCAUACAAACAUGAAGCACAAUCUGUCCAUCCCAGAGGGACCGAAGUUAUGAGAAGCUUUCCAAAUAUUUUGCUUUAUCAGCCGAUAUCAACACUUGUAUCUGGCCUCUCUGUGUCCCAGCGGUGCCUUGUGCAAUGUGAAUGUGCACGUCUAUGCUAAACCACCAUUUUAUUUGGUUUUUGUUUUGUUUUGGUUUUGCUCAGAUACUUGCCAAAAUGAGACUCUUUGUCAGCAGCUGCAGGGAGGGUCUGCGGCUCUCUUUCCUUUUGGUUUUGGGGGAUCGCUUUUGCUCCCAGGGGAACCAAAGAGGUGAGGUGGGCUUCCUCUUUCCCUGGGGGGUUGGGGGGCCGUGGGCCUCGGUGCCCUCCGGCCUGGGCCGCCCACAGGCUUGUCCUGCCCGCCCCCCCAGAGGCCCUGGCUCCUGGUCUGGAAGGGAGGUGGCCUCCAGCCAGCAAGCGCAGAUCGCUGGGGCUGGGAGCAGGGAAGGACAGCUUGGUUCUCUUCUUUGGGGAGAACGUAGAGUUUCAUGCUAGAUGUUUUAUGUAUUAUAUCUAUAAUAUAAACAUAUCAAAGUAAA